AUGGCCAUCCUACCUUCAAACAAUGCGGCUAAUGGUAAGGCGAGCGCAGGCGCAAGGUUUCGUCAAAGGAAAAUCUCGGUCAAAGUUUCUCUACCCAUAUACAACCAGAAGGAAGUUUCAGGUGCAGACUCAGAACUCGAGCCCUCUCAGCUACAUCACUUGAACGCUAAUGCGUCUCUGCAACCACGUGACCUACAUGCAAUUGAAACAGGUGUUGAUAAGAAUGAAGAAGACGAAGUGCAUUUACAGCAGGUAAUCAAUGCGGCUCAACGCGUCUUGUUGGGUUCGAUCAAGGAAGAAUCGAAAGAUACGAAGGAUAGCUCCGUUUAUAUCCCUACUCCAGAUGCGUCUAAAAUAUGGGAAGAUGCUCCGAAAUACUAUAACGACCAAGUCUUUCUUGAGCCUGAAUCCUACAUCAAGUUCAGUGCAACUGUGGAAGACACUUUGGGAGUGGAGUACAAUAUGGAUGAAGCGGAUGAAGAGUUUUUUAAUAAUGUCCUUCUAAAGCAGUAUCCAAAACCUUUAAAGGCAAGCGAUACAAAGAGAAAGCCUGAAGACGCUGACUCUAAUGACACAAGACAGUGUACGGAACUCGAAUUUGAGACUAUAUGUGACAGGUUUGAAAAGACUAUAGAAGAAAAACAACCAUUUUUAUCUAUGGAUCCUUCAAAUAUCUUAUCUUUCAAAGAGCUUUCCAACUACAUUUUGGAAGAAUGGAAUUCUACCACAAAUAGCGAUUAUUCUCAUUUGUCAACUGCAUCAACUUUGAAGUAUAUAUCAACUACGACUUUGAAGGAGAACUUAUCGAAGGAACUCAAUUUUCUGCCCUUUGUCACCACAUUUGAUAAAGAUCAACUGUCGACAUCUAGCACGCGCUCAAUUCCUAAAUUGAUACAACUUUUUGGGCAACCCAUUUAUGAUCAUUGGAAGUCCAGAAAAAUUGAACGCAAAGGUAAAGCCAUUUCACCAACACUAAAGUUUGAAGAUCCAAAUGCUAAUGAGAAAGAUAAUGAUAAUGAUCCAUACAUUUGUUUCCGUCGUCGGGAAUUCCGUCAAGCAAGAAAAACAAGAAGGGCUGAUAAUUUGGGUGCUGAAAGGAUAAGACUAUUGCAAAAAUCUUUAAAACAAGCAAGAGAACUUGUCCUCAGUGUUAGCAAGAGAGAAAUAUUAAAACUCGAAACAUGGGAGACAGAUUACCAAAUAUUCAAACUUCGUUGUGAAACAAAGAAUGUGAAACGGGCUGUGGGUAUAAAAGGAGAUGACUAUCUAUUUUAUCCACAUAAGAGGAAGAAGGUUGUUAAAGUGGAGCCUGAGGAAGAUGAUGAUGUGGAGGUUGAGUAUACCAAAACACGGAAGGAGAGAAAGAAGCAUUCUGAAUCUUUGCAUGCAUCCAAUAAGGAUAAGUCUCAGAAUAGCCUGCUUCAACCGGAGGCUUCCUCCACUCAACCGUAUGUUAAACUACCACCUUCAAAAAUUCCGGAUAUGGAUUUGGUUACUGUCUCAUUAGUGCUUAAAGAAAAGAAUGAGGCCAUUAAACGGGCGGUUUUGGAGAAAUUGCGUAAACGGAAAGAGCAUGACAAAGGAUAUGUUAAUAUCACGUAUGAUCCUUACCAGCCUUUUUUUAACAUUUCUACCAACAAGGACAAUAAGCAUUUGGAACUUUCUCAUAUCCCCUACUCGUCUAUUGCCGCCAGCAACUUCCAUCAGAUUAACACUACUAAUGUAAUUAGUGAGCAGUUGAAGAAGUUGUUGGAAGAGGCAAAGAAGCCGUUGCCUGGUAUGAAGACUUUCAGAGGUUCUAAUGGAGAGCUCGUUCCUUCCAAACCAUUUCCGCAUUUACAAACACUUCUCAGUGAACACUUAAGUAACCACACGAAUACUUCUGGGUACAUUGCACAGUUGCUUGCAAAUAUUGAAAAUAAUAAUUUCAGUACUUAUAGCAAUGGCUUUGGGAAGCAAGGUGUUGCAGAACUGAACUCUAGGAGUGAAAUCUCUGGACCAAUUUUCCGGUUGAGAAAGCGAGCAGGGAGAGCAAACCGGAUUUUCAUCGACCGCAGGGGAUUGAAUCGGCGACCUAAUGAUGCUAUCGACGAGUGGUUGAACUUGCCUGACGAUGAAGAGAACUGUGGCUCAGAAGAUGUUCAGAUGGAAGACGCGGAUUCUUCUGGUAGCUCUGUGGUUCCGGAUGCGUAUCAUUGUAAAGCUGAUGUGAUAAAACGCUUAGAUUCACGCUGGCGAUUCGAUGAUGACUAUCCAGACUACGACAAAGGAGUCCGUAAUCCAUUUAGUUUGGACCCUUCGAAGCUCAAUUGUAUCAGCGAUGAGACGCAGUCAAUUCGGUUUGGGUCUAUGCUUUUGUCCAAAUCUUAUGAUUUACUACGUGAGAGCGCACACCAACGUCAAGUUCUUAUUCAACAAGCUAGAGUAAGAGCAUUGCAACAACAGCAGCAACUUAACAGGAACCUGCAAUCUUCGCAUGAACAACCUCUGCAAAAUGGCCAUGUGCCAGGCGUGGUCUCUGGAGAUAGCGUCGGUAACGCUUAUCGCAAAACGGGUCCUGGUGGGUUUGGUGCUCAGGCUCCUAACAAGUAUUCACCUGCAGUUAACCGUGCUCUAGCAAACUAUACGCCUCAGCAACUUCAAGCCAUGCAGCACCUUAGACAACAGCAACAACAACAACAGCACCAACAACACCACCAACAACCACAACACCAACAACAAAAUCAAAAUCAAUCCCUGGACCAGCUGCAACGAUCACUGCAGCUUCUGCCAGCACUGCAACCUCUGCCACAACAGCAGAAUGCGACUUACUUUGCCAGGAAACAAGGCGGCGGAGGGUCUUCUUUGCCGCCUCAUGCAGGACCUAAGCUCGUAGGGCAAGAGGGCUCCAACAACUCCAAGUAA